CAGCUGAAGGAGCAGAAAAAUGCUUCAUGUUCCAGUUUGACAAGUAGUUCUGACCCAACAGGAAGUAGAUGUUUUUAUUGCUGCGAAGUCGUGUUUCUUUGUGUAGCUCCUCGGAGGUUUUCCCACCGUCUCUCGGCUCCCAGCAGGUUUAUAAAGACCAGGUCAGCAGCUCAGGUACAGCAGCCUUCAGCCAGAAGAUCCAACCAGCCAAUCACCUGCAGACAGGAGCCAAAGAUGCAGAAGUACAUCAAUGAUAUCGGUAUCUCUCUGGACAGUGACGAGGAACUUUGGUUUAGUAAUAAUGGUUACACCAAACUUCCUCUUGAUCUGAACAAAGGAGCACGGGGAAACAAAAUCUUUCUCUGGUACAAAACAGCUGACUACAGAGCGAUCACCAGGAUCCAGUUUUCCUUCAAUGACUGGAUGAAACAAGGUCUGAAGGAUGCAGGGUACCGCCUGGUCGAUAAAGAUCUCAACAAAGGAGCCGGGGGCAGCGACGUCUUCCUGUGGUUCUUCAAAGGUUAUACUGAGUACGACGUCCCAAUCGUGGAGCUGGACCUGUCCACUGAUGCAGAAGAUAAUACCAAGAAGGGCCAGCCUCAGUGGGAGAGGUCAGCCUGCGAUCUGAACCGGAAAGCUGGAGGAGAUUUGAUCUACCUGUGGAUGAAGAGACAGCAUCAGACCUACAUCUGUGACAUUCAGGUCAAUGCUGGUGAUAUAUCAAACUAUGAAUUAUUCCGUGAAGGUUACACCCGAAUAGAUGAAGACAUCAACAGAGAUUCAGGUGGAUCUGACAUCCUCAUCUUUUACCAACAAACCACUGAUGAGAAGAAGGCCAUCACAGAUCUGAAGAUCACAACUGAUACGUCGAAGGAGAGUCGUUUGGUGAAAGCAGGCUAUCAGAAGGUGAAAACAAACCUGAAUGAUGGCACCAAAGGAACCCCGUUGUACCUGUGGUACAAAAAACAUGAAGUCACCAAAUCUCCCAUUUCGUUUAUCACGGUGAUCCUCCACCCAAAAGCAAAGGAAGCGUAUAGCAAAGCCGGCGUCAAUGUCAUCGAUACAGAUCUCAACCUGAAAAGUUCAGGCCACAAAAUGUUUCUGUGUUUUAAGUAAAGAUUGAUUGUUUCUGAGCAU